UUGCUUUGCCGCCAACUUUACUCCGAAAUCCUAAUUCAAUUCUAUAGAGUUUGAAUUCCGAAGAAUUGGUAGAGAUGGUGCUCGCGCAGUUAGGGGGAAGCAUUACGCGCGCUCUCCAGCGGAUGAGCAACGCCACCGUAAUUGACGAGAAGGUGCUCAAUGAUUGCCUCAAUGAGAUCACCCGUGCGCUUCUCCAAUCCGACGUGCAGUUUAAGCUCGUUCGGGAUAUGCAGACCAGUAUCAAGAGGAUUGUAAAUCUCGAGGAGCUCGCCGCUGGGCAUAACAAGCGCAAGAUAAUCCAACAGGCAGUUUUUAAUGAGCUAUGCAAGAUGUUGGAUCCUGGGAAGCCUUUGUUUACCCCGAAAAAAGGGAAAACUAGUGUUGUUAUGUUUGUUGGUCUGCAAGGUUCUGGGAAGACAACAACAUGUACAAAAUAUGCAUAUUACCACCACAAGAAAGGAUGGAAACCUGCUCUGGUUUGUGCCGAUACAUUCAGAGCUGGUGCUUUUGACCAGUUGAAGCAAAAUGCAACUAAAGUUAAAAUUCCCUUUUAUGGAAGUUACAGGGAAUCAGAUCCAGUGAAAAUUGCAGUCGAAGGUGUUGAAAGAUUCAAGAAAGAAAAUUGUGAUCUCAUAAUAGUUGACACCAGUGGACGGCACAAACAGGAAGAAGCACUUCUUGAGGAGAUGCGUCAAGUUUCUGAAGCAACAAAACCAGAUCUUAUCAUCUUUGUGAUGGAUAGCAGCAUUGGUCAAGUUGCCUACGAUCAAGCUAAAGCAUUCCGGGAAAGUGUUGCAGUUGGGGCUGUGAUUAUCACAAAGAUGGAUGGACAUGCUAAGGGAGGAGGUGCUCUCAGCGCAGUUACAGCAACAAAAAGUCCUGUCAUAUUUUUAGGAACUGGUGAACACAUGAAUGAGUUUGAAGCAUUUGAUGUUCAACCAUUUGUUAGACGUCUUUUAGGUAUGGGUGAUUUGUCUGGAUUCAUAGAAAAGAUUCACGAAGUCGUUCCAAUGGAUCAGCAGCCUCAGCUUCUUCAGAAGCUUUCUGAAGGAAAGUUUACACUGAGGAUUAUGUACGAACAAUUUCAGAGCAUGCUUAAGAUGGGAUCUAUUGGUCAGGUAUUUUCGAUGCUUCCAGGAUUUAGCCAAGAGAUGAUGCCCAAGGGCGGCGAAAAGGAAGGCCAGGCGAAGAUCAAAAGAUACAUGACGAUGAUGGACUCAAUGACUGAUGGAGAGUUGGACAGUUCCAAUCCAAAGCUAAUGAAUGAAUCACGAAUGGCGCGGAUAGCUAGAGGGUGUGGUCGAUCCAUUAAGGAUGUAAUGGAUAUGAUGGAGGAGUACAAGAGGCUGGCUAAGAUUUGGAUCAAUAUGAAGGGCCUUAAGAUCCCAAAGAAGGGAGAAAUGAAUGCAUUGUCGCGAAACAUGAAGAACUGUGAAGUACAAGAGGCCAUUCCGCCGGAGAUGCUCAAGAAGAUUGGCGGCGCCGGCGCCUUGCAGAACUUGAUGAAGCAAAUGGGGUCUGCUAAGGAUAUGAUGGGUGUGUUUGGCGGCAGGCGCAAGUAGAAACCACCGGUCACUCUUGUGGACGCGGCGCAAUGUCGAGAAAAAAAAAAAAAAAAAAGAUAGCCAUAUUUUGAUUGAUUGUUUUGUUUGUUCAUAGCCAAGGCAAAUUUUGAUUUUCAGUUAAGGUUCAGUUUCACAACUCAGCUGCUGAUUCUCCUCCUAGUGUGUGAAUUUGCUUGCUAUAACUUGUGUUGUGUUCCUUCUUUGGUAAAUGUUAGGGAGGAACUAAUUGUGUAUAUUUAG